AUGGAUCUCAAGGUGCUCUGUGCACUCUCCAUCACCCUCAUCAUAGCCCUCAGCAGCCUGGCAGAGGGAGUUGCACCUCCAACAAAAUGCCAGUGUAAAGUGGUUCCCAAGGAGAGGACAAACUGUGGCUACCCAGGGAUCUCAGCAGCAGAGUGCAAGAAAAUUGGGUGCUGCUUCAACGCCUCAGUCCCCAGCGUCCCCUGGUGCUACAAUCCUAAGCCAAAGAAAGUGAAGAAAGUGUGUCCCAACGAUCCCUACACCAGGAUAAACUGUGGCCACCCUGGCAUCAAGCCCAGGGAGUGCACAAGGAAGGGCUGCUGCUUCAGGGCACACCCCGCCGGCGUGCCCUGGUGCUUCUACCACCGCGUCGUGGAGGAAGCUUGUUAAAGGAGAAACUUCCAUCGAGAACUUGGCAACCUUUGGAUCUACUCCA